GCGCAUGCGCAUGCGCCCGCCAGGCCCCCCUCCGGCCCCGCCCCAUCCUGCUCUGGCUCCCACCUCCGUUCAGGCGGAGCCACUCGGCGCCUGAAGCGAAGGGCCUCCGGUGCCUACGUGCAGUCGCCUCCUCCGCUUGAGCCUACGCCUUCUGCUCCAGUUGCUUUCCCAACCGAGCAGAAAAGCCGGGGGCGUGUUGCCGGGGCACUGGGAAGCCGGGAGCUUGGGCACUGCGCCUGAAGUCGCUGCUGCGCCUCCCCGCCCACGGGCGGUCGGGUCACGGUCCCUGAAGCCCCAGCCUGCCAGAUUGGAGCCCAUACUGACGUCAAGGGUAAAGGGGACCAGAGGCACCUGAGUCACCCAACCAGAAACCCAGCCUCUAGACACUGGGUUCCUUAGGAGCCGCCCCAGGCUUAAUGAUUGUCCAGAAGUUGGCUAUAAAGGGAGCCUGGGAGGCUGAUUGGAGGAGGGAGCAGAAAAAGCCUAACUCAGCAGGUCUGGGCACCGAGAGCCGAAAGCAGGAGCUGUGGUCAGAAGCUCGUGUCCCAGCCGGUAGGGCCUGCUCUCUCCCACCAUGGCGGCCCGAGGCUACGGCUAUUAUCGUGCUGUGAUCUUCUCAGCCAUGUUUGGAGGCUACAGCCUGUACUACUUCAACCGCAAGACCUUCUCCUUUGUCAUGCCGUCGCUGGUGGAAGAGAUCCGUCUGGACAAGGAUGACUUGGGUGAGCCCUGGCAGGGUAGGGUGGUGGGCCCAGGGACACAGGACCAGCAGGACAAGUGGGGUGUUGGUGCAGUGUGGUGGGCAUGUAGUGGGUGUGCAGGGUGCGGAGUGUCUGCAUGGUAGAGGCCAGGGACGGUGCAUAUGCCAGAGGAGGCUCUGAGGUCCACGUCCAUGGGCAUGGGUGAGGGACUGUGCAUAUGGUCUGUGCAUGUCUGAGGGCUGCUUAUCUGAUGUGUGUGUCUGUGCCCGUGAUCUACGCGUGUCCCAGAGGCACUGUGUCAGGGGGGUUCUAAGCAUGGUUUCUGCAUCUGUGUAGAAUACCCUUCAGGAGGAAUAAGGUCCCUGACUCCAAUUCUAAGCCUUUUGCCCCCUCUUCAGAGGUGGGGCAACUGAACUGCCAGAGGUUGGCAUCCAGGGUGAGGGGGAUAUCGGGCAUAUGAGAAGCCCAGGGACGAGGGCGGCCCUGUCCUGCUCCCUUCCUGCCCCUUGACAGCUGCUGCUGGAACUCUCCAAGAGGCUGAAAAGUCAUGGGUCAGCCUGGGGCUAGUGCUCACAGAGAGGCAGUAGCCCAGCCCCAUGAAUGAAUGUCAGGAUUCCAACACAGGCUCCUCCUAUUCCUCUUGGAAUGAACCUGUCUUAUCCUGGGAGGCACCUCUACCCACCUGACCCCAUGCCUUCCUCCACCCUCCUGUGCCUCUGCCCCAGCCCCUAACCCCCCAGGUGUCCUGCUCCCUGCUCCCCUUCCCUGCAGGGCUCAUCACCAGUAGCCAGUCAGCAGCCUAUGCCAUCAGCAAGUUUGUGAGUGGGGUGCUGUCUGACCAGAUGAGUGCUCGCUGGCUCUUCUCCUCUGGGCUGCUUCUUGUUGGCCUGGUCAAUGUCAUCUUUUCCUGGAGCUCCACAGUACCUGUCUUCGCUGCUCUCUGGUUCCUCAAUGGCCUGGCCCAGGGGCUGGGCUGGCCCCCGUGUGGCAAGAUCUUGCGGAAGUGGUUUGAGCCAUCUCAGUUUGGCACUUGGUGGGCCAUCCUAUCAACUAGCAUGAACCUGGCUGGAGGGCUGGGCCCCAUCCUGGCAACCAUCCUCGCCCAGAGCUAUAGCUGGCGUAGCACGCUGGCCCUGUCUGGGGCCUUGUGUGUGGUUGUCUCCUUCCUCUGUCUCCUGCUCAUCCACAAUGAACCUGCUGAUGUUGGACUCCGCAACCUGGACCCUAUCCCCUCCAAGGGCAAGAAGGGCUCCUCAAAGGAGGAGAGUACCUUACAGGAGCUGCUGCUGACCCCCUACCUGUGGGUGCUCUCCAUUGGCUACCUUGUGGUAUUUGGCGUAAAGACGUGCUGUACUGACUGGGGCCAGUUCUUCCUUAUCCAGGAGAAAGGACAGUCAGCCCUCGUGGGUAGCUCCUACAUGAGUGCCCUGGAGGUUGGGGGCCUUGUAGGCAGCAUCGCAGCUGGCUACUUGUCAGACCGGGCCAUGGCAAAGGCAGGGCUGUCCAUCCACGGGAACCCCCGCCAUGGCCUGCUGCUGCUCAUGAUGGCUGGCAUGACAGCAUCCAUGUACCUCUUCCGGGUAACUGUGACCAGUGACUCCCCUAAGCUCUGGAUCCUGGUGUUGGGAGCUGUGUUUGGUUUCUCCUCUUAUGGUCCCAUUGCCUUGUUUGGAGUCAUAGCCAAUGAGAGUGCCCCUCCCAACCUGUGUGGCACCUCCCAUGCCAUUGUGGGACUCAUGGCCAAUGUGGGUGGCUUUCUGGCUGGGUUGCCCUUCAGCACCAUUGCCAAGCAUUACAGCUGGAGCACAGCCUUCUGGGUGGCUGAAGUGAUCUGUGCGGCCAGUACAGGUGCCUUCUUCCUCCUACGAAACAUCCGCACCAAGAUGGGCCGAGUGCCAAAGAAGGCUGAGUGAAGACCGUGCAAACUCUGGAGCGUCCUUUCUCACCUGUGUCAUGGGGGUUGGGAAAGGGAGGGAGGGGGCUGCUCUGGCAGCACCACCUUUGACUUUCUUUUUCUGCACCUUUUCCCUCACCCAGGUGGUGCUGGAAGUUAUCAGUGGCUAAUGAGGUCCCAGCUCCCCAUCCUCUCUCUAUUUAAAAAACAAGUUUUGGGAGUUCUCACUGUAGCACAGUGGGUUAGGAAUCCAAUUGCAGUGGCUUGGGUUGCUGCAGAGGUGUAGGUUCAACCCCUGGCCCAGCAUAGCAGGUUAAAGGACCCAGCAUUGCUACAGCUGCAGUUCGGAUUAGAUUCUUGGCCCAGGAACUUCCAUAUGCCUCAGGUGCAGCCAUAAAAAUUAAAAAAAAAAAAAGAGAGAGAGAGAGAGAGAGAGAAAACCUUUGUUUCUGGACUCCGUUAGUUCUUGCCUUCAAACUGGAAACCCCAGCACUCAGGGAGUCUCCUAUACCCUUCUCCCUCUCCUGGGCUCCGUCCUGUCCCCAUCACACACCAUCCCCACCUGAGGUGACGCUCCUGUAGCAGGACAGCAGUAGCCCGGGACUGCCCUGAGACCUCUCAGCAGGGGGCAGUUGCUAUUGCCAAUACCUUGGACUCCAGUGGAAGAGGGGAGGCCGUCACUCUUACCGAUACCUUGGGUACAGUAGGGGGUAAGGGUGGGAGGGUACAGAGACUUGUUAUAGAAAAUUAAAACUAGAUUUGAUACU